AUGAAAAUUAUUGUAUUCCUGGCAGCCAAUAUCGCAGUGACGUACUUUGACAUAAUUAAUGUCAACAGUGAUUCAAAGGACCUUUUUUCUGAAGCUCAAGAUGUCCAGAAAACCAACUUUCGAAGACUGAAAGUGGGCAAAGCGGUAAACAACAUCGUACAGAAGGCGUUUAAAAUGGGUGUAAAGGUAUGGAGUGACGCCACCUGUAUCGACUUCGUCGAAGACAAGAAUGCUAAAGAUAAGGUGGUCGUAGUCAAAGAAGACGGAAGUUGGUCGGAACUUGGUCGAAUUGGCGGAGAUCAACGUCUGUCGCUUGGUGAUCGUGCAACGGUACGAGAGAUUCAAAUUAAUAGCUUUAAAGAAGGUUCAGCGGUGCAUGAGAUUGGUCACGUUCUUGGACUUCUUCACACAAUGCAAAGAUAUGAUCGCGAUAAUUACGUUAGAAUCUUCACGCAAAACAUCUAUCCAAAUCUCGUCGUGCAGUUCAACAAACUGAGCAGGGACCUCACCUAUGUUUUUGGACUGGCAUACGAUUACGGCAGUAUCAUGCACUAUGAUGAAAUCAGUUGUUCCAUUAAUAAGCAGCGCACAAUGGUUGCAAUAGAUCCGUUCUAUCAAAAAACGAUGGGAUCUGAUUUGAUUUCCUUCUCGGAUGUCUUCAUGAUCAAUAAACACUACGAAUGCGAUGGUCAGGUUCAAGAAUUUUAG